UUCUCUCACGUCUGCUUCAUUCUUCUGGCGAUUCCUCUCGACGGAAUUUAUCGGCGUAGGUUGGCCGGAGUUUUCGCCGGAGCUUCAACAACGUGAAGUCGAAGUUCCGAUCAUCUACGGCGGCAACUCAUUCUCUUGUGUUCAUAUACUAAUUGAAUCAUGGUGCUGAUUGACAUACCAAAGACGGAGGCAGAUGUGGCAGAGAAAGUAGAGAAAGCAGAAGAAGUAUUAGGAGAAGGAGAAGGAGAAGGAUUAGAAGAAGAAGAAGAUGAUUCGGAUCUUUCAUAUUCGUCGGAUUCUGAAAUUGGCGAUGCAUUGGAUUACCUAGAUUCAAAGGAAGAUGAUGAAGGAGUUUCUGGUGUAUUUUCUCUCCAGGCAAGACGUCCAAAUGCUCAUGGAGGAAUUCAUUCACGUCCUAAUACAUCUACACUUCAACCUCUAGCAAAUCGUCAACAGAAAUUCUCUACUCACAUUAGCGCUUCUCCUCUUGAGGAAUGGGAAGGAAGGUUAAAUAUUGGAAUGUCUAAUUUGGUUACAACUUCAAUUCGUGGAAGUGUUCGAGAUAUGGCUAUUGGUAAAACAAGAACUAAUGAGAAAGCUGAUCGUGCAACUGUAGAACAGGCCAUUGAUCCUAGAACUCGUAUGGUCUUAUUCAAAAUGUUGAAUCGGGGUAUAUUUAACGAUAUGAAUGGUUGUAUUUCAACUGGAAAAGAGGCAAAUGUAUAUCAUGCUACCAAGACUGAUGGUCAGGAAUUUGCUAUCAAAGUAUACAAAACUUCUGUUCUUGUGUUUAAGGAUAGGGAUCGGUAUGUUCAAGGUGAUUUUCGAUUCAGGCAUGGGUAUUGUAAACAUAAUCCUCGGAAGAUGGUUAAAACUUGGGCUGAGAAAGAAAUGAGAAAUCUUAUGAGGUUGAAGGCAGCGGGAAUCAGGUGUCCAACUCCUAUUCUCCUGAGACUUCAUGUAUUAGUGAUGGAGUUCAUCGGAAAGACGGGUUGGGCUGCACCCAGGCUUAAGGAUGCUGAUUUAUCGCUUGAUAAGUUACGUGAAAGUUAUCUUGAGAUGAUAAUUUCAAUGAGGACACUAUACCAAAAGUGCAAAUUGGUUCACGGUGAUCUCAGUGAGUAUAACAUACUAUAUUUUGAGGGUCACCUAUAUAUUAUUGAUGUCUCCCAAUCAGUUGAUCUGGAUCAUCCUCGCGCUCUUGAUUUUCUUCGAGAGGAUUGCUUGCAUGUUUCCGAUUUUUUCAAAAAAAGUGGUGUAGGUGUUAUGACAAUUCGGGAAUUAUUUGACUUCAUUGUCGAUCCUUCAAUUACUGAUGAAACUGUAGAUACUUAUUUGGAAGAGAUUCAACAAAGAAUCUUAGACAGAGGAUUCGAAGUAUCUCAUGAGGAUGAAAUUGCAGACGCUGUAUUUGUCCAGUCAUAUAUUCCUAAGACAUUGGAUAAUGUGAAUACUAGAAAUGCGGAAGAGGAUAUCGAUAAGAUAACUGGUGGAGAAGACACUGGAAACAUGUAUUAUCAGACUAUCACGGGAUUGAAGCAUGCGCUGGCCAUGGCUCCAACAACUAAAAAGGAAGACGAUGAAGAAGAGGAUGAAACAGAUGAGGAUGACGACGAAGAUGACGACGACUCGUUUUCGUCGGAAAAUGAAGAGAACAAAACUAUGACCGCUGAUGAGAGAAAGGCCGCCAGGAAAGACAACAAGAAGAAGGUGAAGGAGGAGAAGAGAGAGUCUAGGAAAACUAAAGUACCAAAGGCUAUUAAGAAGAAGAAAAAGAAGUUGGCUAAGUCUAAGAAAACUAGGUAGUUCCAAGCUACCUAGUGUUACAUUUUUUGUCUCUAAUCACCAGUCCAAAGCUGCUGAUAUUUUUCAAUUUUUGUAUCUAGAUUAUGUUUGCCAAAGCCUGAUGUUUUCUAUUUUAUGAACUGAUAUUUUUUAACAAUUUUUUUUAUGGAUAAAAUGAAUCAUAUAUUUUCUA